AGAAUGGGAUUCGAACAUCGAUGAAAGUUAAACUAAAAUGUCAAAAACUAUUAUUGUUAUUAAUAUGUAUUAAAGCGUAAAGAAACGGAGAACGUGUACUUUUCAAUGUUUCUCCACGCUUUCGAAUUUGAGGCUAACUUCAACGUUGUCUGAAACGUCACCAGCAAGUUAGCUAGCCAGCUGAAUUAGCAACGAGCUAACCAGAGACUUGCCUGUGUUGUUAGCUGUGCUUAGCUUUAGCUAACGUUGUCAAGUUUGCCCUAUGGAGGUUUUACGUCCCUCGCUCAUCAAUAUAAAUGGAAGAAUAUACCGAAGAAAUGUCAUCAAGGAGGAACAGUAUGAGGAAGAGGAGGAUUUCUCCUACAUGGGUCCCUCAGAGAGCGAAGAGCUCGCGGCAGAGGAAACCUGUGACACCCACCUCAUUGAACAGACUGAUAAAGGAUACCGCUGUGCCAUCGACGUCCCAAGUGUCCUUUACAAAUACAUCAUCGGGAAAAAGGGAGAGACACGCAGACGUUUAGAGACGGACACAAAGACGUCGAUCAACAUCCCGAAACAAGGGAUGGAGGGACAGAUUGUUAUUACAGGCUCCCACAAAGCUGCCGUUUCAUCUGCUGUCACUCGGGUUGAGGUCCUCCUCGACGGUUUCCGUAGAAAGCAGCCUUUCACGCACUUCCUGUCAUUUCCUCUGAACGAUCCCAAAAUCCAAGAAGGAUUCCUUCGGUUUAAAGAAGAGGUGUUGGAGAAGUGUUCACAGGAUCAUGGAGUAGAUGGAACCAUCUUUCAGAACCCUGCAAAGCUUCAUCUGACCAUCGGCACAAUGUCUCUGUUAAAUGAGAUGGAAGUGAGAAAAGCAUGUGAACACCUCCAAGAGUGUCAAAACGUCCUCAGGGAAAUCGCUGGAGGAAAACCUCUGCCGCUGGAGGUGACAGGUAUAGAGUACAUGAAUGACGACCCAGCCAUGGUGGAUGUGUUGUACGCCAAAGUCAAUGUGAAAGACAGAUCUGACAAGCUACAGGCGAUCGCAGAGCGGCUGGUCGAGCACUUUGUGUCGGCAGGGCUGAUGGUCAGAGAGUGGGACCGGGUGAAGCUGCACGGCACCGUGAUAAACACUCUGUUCAGGAGGGACACCACAGGUGAAGACACAGGCAGCUCCAGGAGACAAACCACGAACGAAAGAGAGGCUUUCGAUGCCAGGAACAUAUUAAAGGAAUUCGGUGCUCAUCGUUUUGGAGAGUUUGAGCUGAAGACUGUCCAGCUGUCCCAGAGAUAUUCCACAGAUUGUACGGGGUACUACACGUCUGCAGGGAGCAUCAGCUUCUCAUGAGAUACUCAAGAGCUGACCUUAUUCUGAGGUCCAUGAUGAACGAGGCAGGAGGUGCUACCGGAUCUUUGCUGAUGAAGGAGCUCUCAGCUGACAGCAAAGCAUUGUGGGAAACCGUUUUCCUUUAGGCGAUGAACAUGAAUGGACUUAAAACAAAGUGUCUUAGUGUUUUUAUUUUUGCUGACUCCUGCUUUGUUUGUGUUUUCCUUCUUGCUGGUUCAUUUCGAACACUCAAAAUAAAUGUGUAAAACAUCCA